AGCAUGUUGUCCCACAUUUUUGGUUUUACAACAUGUUAAAAUUGCUUGGUAACAAGGAUUCCUCCUAAUGGGUAUCGCCGUUAAGUGAAAACCCACGUGCACACACGUGUAAAAAUGUAACUACUCCGUGCUCCGACAGCUUUUAUGAUUUUGGCGCCUCCGUCGCUGUGCCUUUCACAUAUGGUAACUGCCCAACUAAAAAUCUCCCAAAAACGCCAACCCUUCCCUUUCAAAAAUUCUUUCACUCUCCACAACACACGCCAUUUUUUGUUUUCAAUUCUACUACUGAAUCACAUAACUCAGUUCUUUCCUACUUUUUUUUGCCCAUGCUUCUUUUCUCCACAUGAUCGCCGCCAUUUCUCCAGCACCCCGAACCGCCACUCCGGACCCCGGAAGGAUCCGUUUCCCCAACCCGAACCCGAACCCGAACCCGAACCCCAACCGCCACUGGAUUCGCUUCAGUAAGUUAGGGCUCCCGUUGUGGAAGCCGAAACUCAACUGGCGAUCGUAUGAGCGGGUGCAGCCGAUGCAGAUGGCGUGGGUUCGGAGCAUGAGUGGCGGUUGCUUCAAGAGCACGGAGCCGCCGCCUAAACAGGGGAUCAAAGUCGAAGAAGACAGCGGCGGCCAAGAUGUUUACGACGCCGACGCCAUGAACUCCAGGGUUUCGCCUGAACAUCUUGUUAUCAUGGUCAAUGGUCUCAUUGGAAGUGCUGCUGACUGGAGAUAUGCUGCAGAACAGUUUGUGAAGAAGCUACCUGACAAAGUAAUAGUGCACCGCAGUGAAUGCAACUACUCAAAAUUGACAUUUGAUGGUGUUGAUCUGAUGGGUGAAAGGCUAGCUCAAGAGGUAUUGGCUGUUGUCAAACGUAGGCCAGAGGUACAGAAGAUUUCUUUCGUGGCUCACUCUUUAGGCGGUCUUGUUGCAAGAUAUGCUAUCGGGAGGCUCUAUGAGCAUUCUUCAAAGCUAGAUCCAUCAGUUCUUUACGGGAACUCUUCAACUGAAAAGCACACAAAAUCUUCGCUGCAAUAUUUUGAGCAGCCUUGUGAAGAUAGAAUUGCUGGAUUGGAACCAAUGAAUUUUAUAACGUUUGCAACACCACAUCUUGGUUCAAGGGGACAUAAACAGCUCCCACUCCUUUGUGGUCUUCCUUUUCUUGAGAAAAGAGCAUCUCAGACUGCACACUUGGUUGCUGGAAGGUCUGGAAAGCAUCUUUUUCUCACUGACAAUGAUGAUGGAAAGCCCCCUCUUCUCCUUAGAAUGGUUGAUGACAGUGAUGACCUCAAAUUCAUAUCAGCUCUACGUGCAUUUAAGCGACGUGUGGCAUAUGCAAAUGCAAACUAUGAUCAUAUGGUUGGCUGGAGAACAUCGUCAAUCCGACGUCAAAAUGAACUUCCAAAGUCAAAUCUUCUUGUAAUUGAUGAGAAGUACCCACAUGUUGUAUAUGUUGAGAGGGAAACUACAAACAAAAUCCAAAACAAAGCCUUCUUUGUUGCUGGAGCCCAAACAAGUGAUGUGGAAGAGGUGAUGAUUCAAGGUCUUACUCAAGUACCCUGGGAACGUGUUGAUGUAAGCUUUCAAAAAAGUAAACAACGAUAUGUUGCUCAUAAUACAAUUCAGGUCAAGAGCUACUGGUUGAAUUCUGAUGGAGCAGAUGUAGUUUUCCAUAUGAUUGACAAUUUUCUUCUCUAGACGUGGACAAGUAUGGUGUCCGUCCUGGUGAUUCUGCAAUGGGUUAGGUCACUUAUUUUUUUGGUGUACUAUGCACAUUGUCACAUGAGAAUGUUGCAGUGUAUUAUUUAUGUCAAUAUGGUAACAUUACGGAUUUUGCAAAGUUGUGGUGAACUAUGUCCAAAUAGGUUCCCUUCUUUUUA